CAUUGUUCGCGGGUAGUUCCCCAGCCGCCGCUUUGUAAUCCUAUCUAUGGCUCUCUUGGCUUAGCACACUACUCCAAGCACAAGUGGUUGUCUCACUGUCCAAACCAGCUAGCCUCCAAAGGCCAAACCUAAAACCCAACAGUCUCCAACUCAAACACAGACUUAGACAUCAUCGAAAACAAGACAUAAGGGAAGAUUACCCAGAGCCACCCGCCGUCUAAUCAUCAACACAGCCCAAGGAAGAAAAAGCACAAAUAAAAAAGCUUAUUAUCUGCCUAGGUUGGGUAUCUUUCUUUUAUGCAAAAAACCAAGAGCUCAAGGUCAAGGCCAUGGACUCAAUGCCCCAUGUCUCCUUUUCCACAACAGAAGAGACCCCAUCUUCGUCAGCAGCAGCAACAGGUUCUUUACUUAUCCGAGCUCCUUUAACUGCUGAUUCUGAUUCUGAAUACGAAACCAACGGCCAUGAAACUGCCAGCUCUGUUGGUGGGAGUAGUUUAAAUAGUUUUGAGAACAACAGUGAGUUGGGGUCUGAAAGUGAGGAGUUUUUGAGUGGUGAGGAGUUUGAGACUGCUUCUGAGAAGAGAGACCCAGAUGAGGAAACCUUAGAGGAAGAGAAUGGGAUUGGUGAAAGUUACAAAAUUUAUGUGGCCAACAAAGACGAUGACAUUGAUAGCUUGGAGAAUUCAGUAGAAGAGGAGGGAGAGAGUAGUGGUGAUGUUGGUUUGGUGGGUGUUUCUAGUUCGAAGCCGGUUGUUCCUAUUGCUCAAUUGUCAAUGGAUGAUGAAGAGUUUUCUGAAGUGUUGAGUGAGGAGGAAAUAGUGACGGAAGUGGAAGAUGGAGGGUUUUCUGGUGUGGUUAAGGUUCCUGGUGCUGUUGAAAGUUCACCUAGAAUAAAGGUGGCUUUGGGCGUUGAAGAAGGAGAAGGAGAAGAGUCAUUGGAGUUGAGAAGUUCUGCUUUUGUUAACCAAUACGAGUCGUCUACUCUGGUAAAGGCAGAGAUUGAGAAUGGUGGUUCGAAAGGGAGCCAAAAAGAUGUUUUGGUGGAAAUUUCCAAAUUGGAUGAGGAUGUUGAGCAUUCUGCUGUUAAAAGCAUAGCAACGGAAAACCUGGAUGAUGAGAGCAUCGAGUCAAAACAUGGUGAUGGUCAUGAGUUAGAGAAAAAGAGUUUUAUUGUGGGCAAUGAUGCCAAUCAUUCUUCUCAACCUGUGGUGAAACCUGUUGACAAGAUUAUUGUGUCCAAUAUGAAAGAAUUGAAAGUUGAGGAAACAGGGGCAGAGGCAGGAGAAAUAAUGAGUUGCCAAGGUAAUGAACGGAGCCAUGUUGAUGUUAUUGAAAGUGGUGCUGUUGAUCAAGGUAGUGAAAGCAAGAAACUGGAGAAUAGAAUUGUUUUGGGAGCUGAGUUGUAUGAGCUUUUAGCUGCGAACAGAGAUGAAUCUAAUGACCAUGAUAUUAUGAUUGCAAAUACUGGGAAUGUUGGCUUGUUGAAAACAACUGAAGGGGAGCAAAUAGGAGACGAAUUGAUGAGUGAUACCAACACCUUUAAAUUUGCAGCUUCAAUAUCAAAUUUAGACCACAAAGUUAAACCAGAAGCAGAAGAUAUAGCUAAGCACCUCUCAGAAAAAGUUCUACGCUCUGAUGAAGAUGUUGUGCAACUGAUAUUUGGAAGCUCUGAAACAACCAAACAUGUAACAAAAGAAGUAGAGCAAGGAUUAACGUCCACUUCUCCUUUGAAGGUAGAUUUGGAGGAGGAAUUAGAAACAUCAAGUCAGCAGAUUGUCAUGGACUCAGAUGAAGAAGUGGAAACAGAGAAGGAGCAUGAACUAAAGGAACUAUUCAAUUCUGCUGCAUUGGCUGCUCUUCUGAAAACAGCAACAGGUGCUGAAUCAGAUGGUGGUGGCCUCACAAUCACUUCUAAUGGUGGUUCUAGAGUAUUCUCUCUCGAGCACCCUGCUCAUUCAGGUUCCUCGUUGCAUUCUUCAAAAGUUGAUCCACCAUCAAAUAUGGCUAAUGUCGUCUCAAAGGACAGUAUAAGUGGUGAAGAAAAGAAGAGAUUUGAGAAGUUACAACUCAUAAGAGUGAAAUUCUUGAGACUGGUAGAGAGACUAGGCCAUUCUCCCACUGAUCCCAUGGUUGCACAGGUCCUGUACAGGCUGGCCCUAGCUUUGGGUAGUCUUUUCAAUCAAGAAUUCACCCUUGAAUCUGCCAAGAGAGCAGCUAUGCAGCUUGAAGCAGAAGGUAAAGAUGACUUAGAUUUUUCUUUGAAUAUUGUGGUUCUCGGAAAAACUGGAGUGGGAAAGAGUGCAAGCAUUAAUUCCAUUUUAUGUGAGCAAAAAUCUGGAACUGAUGCUUUUGAAGCAGCCACAUCUGCUGUGAAGGAGAUUGUCGGAACAGUAGAUGGAGUUAAGAUCAGAAUUUUUGAUACACCUGGUCUUAGAUCUCCUGUGACAGGAGAAGCUACUAAUCGCAAACUAUUAGCAUCUGUAAAGAGGUUUGUAAGGAAGUUCCCACCAGAUGUUGUCCUCUAUGUUGAUCGUUUAGACACACAUGACAGAGAUCUUACUGAUUUGCUAUUACUAAAGUCACUAACUGAUUCUCUCGGUUCUUCAAUAUGGCAAAAUGCCAUUGUAACUCUUACUCAUGCUGCAUCUGCCUCCCCAGAUGGACCAUUAGGGGAACCCCUAAGUUAUGAAGUCUUUGUUGCUCAAAGGUCCCAUGUGGUUCAUCGAGCAAUCAGCCAAGCAGUUGGUGAUAUGCGUCUAAUGAAUCCAAGUAUGAUGCAUCCUGUGGCUCUUGUCGAGAACCAUCCAUCAUGUCAGAGAGACAGAAAUGGAGAAAGUUUGCUUCCCAAUGGGCAAAGGUGGAGGUCACAGUUGCUACUCUUGUGCUAUUCAGUGAAGAUUUUAUCUGAAGCAAGUUCUUUGUCAAAACCUCAAGCUCCUUUUGAUCACCGGAAGCUUUUUGGCAUCCGACUUCGUUCUCCUCCUCUACCCUACUUGCUCUCUUCUCUAUUGCAAUCUCGUUCUCAUUUAAAACUACCUACCAAUCAGGGUGGUGAUGAUCUUGACUUGGAUAUUGAGUUGGGAGACUCAACAAAUUCUGAUGAAGAAGAUUAUGAUGAAUAUGACCAGCUCCCACCAUUUAAGCCUCUAAGGAAAUCUCAGGUUAAAAAACUUAGCAAGGAGCAGAGAAAGGCUUAUUGUGAGGAGUAUGAUUAUCGUGUGAAGCUGCUUCAAAAGAAACAAUGGAGAGAGGAGGUUAAAAGAAUGAGGGAAAUUAAGAAGAAAGGGAAAGAUGGUGAUAAUAAUUUUGGUUAUGUUGGAGAUGAUGGAGACAUUGAAGAAGGGGAUAAUCCGGCAACUGUACCAGUACCUUUGCCCGACAUGGUCCUCCCUCCUUCCUUUGAUGGAGACAACCCUACUUACCGGUACCGGUUUCUGGAUUCUACAUCUGAGCUUCUUAUGAGGCCAGUUUUGGACUCACAGGUUUGGGAUCAUGAUAUUGGGUACGAUGGUGUUAGCCUUGAAAGAAGUCUUGUCAUAGCCGGUUGUUUUCCUGGGGCAAUUGCUGGUCAAAUUUCAAAGGAUAAAAAAGAGUUCAGUAUCCAUUUGGAUUCCUCAGUUUGUGCAAAACAUGGAGAGAAUAAAUCUACAAUGGCAGGAUUCGAUAUCCAAACUGUUGGAAAACAGCUUGCUUACAUCUUCAGGGGCGAAACAAAAUUCAGAAAUUUCAAAAUAAACCAAACAACUGCUGGUUUAUCAGUUACUUUCUUAGGUGAAAAUGCAGCUGCCGGACUUAAGAUUGAGGAUCAGAUUGCAGUCAGAAAGCGCCUGGUUUUGGCUGGAAGUGCUGGGGCUAUGAAAUCUCAAGGUGAAACAGCAUAUGGAGCCAACAUGGAAAUCCGCCUAAAGGGUAAGGAUUUUCCUCUAGAGCAGAACCAGACCACAUUGGGACUGUCUUUGGUGAAGUGGAGGCGUGACCUGGGUCUAAUGGCCAACCUACAGUCUCAGUUCUCUAUUGGACGUAGUUCAUCAAUGGCUGUCCGUGUGGGGUUGAACAACAAGCGGAGUGGGCAGAUCACUCUCAAAGUAAGCAGCUCAGAGCAAUUACAGAUAGCACUUGCUUCCGUUCUUCCGAUUGCAGCCACCAUCUUCAGGAUGAUCUAUCCUGGCUCUGAUAGAUCCUGGCUCUGAAUUUUUGUUUACCAUAGCAAUUCUAAUUCAUUUUAGCUACCUAGUAGGUUUUCUGAACUUAACACUUCAAUGAAGCAGAACCUACUCUUUAGAUGGUUAUGAGCCAGCUUGUUCAUUGUAUAAAAUAAAUUACUAUUUCUCUACCGCAGCUGGCCAAAUGAAUGCAGUUUGAUGAGCCUGCGACAGUUUCCAAAUCCCUGCUCAUCCAUAAUUUCAACUUCUGGUCGGUUUGCCA